CCCUCCUGCUCAGGGCUCUAUAAAUUGCAGCUGCAUAAAAGACAGCCUUUUACCUCAGCAGACUGCUUAGAUUUUGCAAAGGGAACAGUCAGAAUGAAGUACCUUGUUCUCCUUACUUUUACUUUAGUUUUCUUUUGCAUUACUCUGACCAAUGCUAUAUCAUCCUACCAACAAGUAUUACAGCACAGCAGGAUCAGGGGCAGGCAGCAUGGCCCCAAUGUAUGUGCAAUGCAGCAAGUAGUAGGAUCCUCCAAGAAAUAUUUCUCCAACUGCAAACAGUGGUAUCGGCGGAAAAUCUGUGGACAACCAACAAUUAUAAGCUAUGAAUGCUGUCCUGGAUAUUCCAAGGUGCAAGGUGAAAGAGGCUGCCCUGUAGCAUUACCCGUUAACAAUAUUUACAAUACACUGGGAAAUGUUGGAUCGAGUGACACUCAACUGUACUCUGAGCGUGCCAACCUCAGACCAGAGAUCGAAGGACCUGGCUCCUUCACAAUGUUUGCUCCCAGUAAUGAAGCCUGGUCAGCUCUCUCUGCGGAAAUUAUUGAUGCCCUCGUAAGCAAUGUCAAUAUUGAAUUGCUCAAUGCCCUGCAUUACCAUAUGAUUAACAAGCGCAUUGUCACGGAUGAGCUAAAGCAUGGAGUGGCCUUGCCUUCAAUGUACCAGGAUCUAAAUAUAUACGUACACCACUAUUCCAACGGCAUCGUUACCGUCAACUGUGCGCGGCUAAUGAAGGCUGACCAGUUUGCGACCAAUGGAGUUGUGCAUGUUAUUGACAGAGUCCUCAUGGCUGUUACAAAUUCGAUUCAGGAUAUUCUUGAAAUCGAUGAGAACUUUCAGCAGCUUAGAGCUGCAAUAGCUGCCGCAGGUCUUGAGACUAUGCUCAGCAGCAAAGGCGAGUAUACCCUCUUUGCUCCCACUGAUGAAGCAUUCAGGAAAGUACCGCCUGCUACUCUGAACAGGAUUUUAGGAGAUCCAGAGGCAUUGAAAUCUCUGCUAAAUUACCAUAUUUUGAGAAAAGUGCAAUGUGCAGAAGCCAUCAUCUCAGGCACACCCAUGGAAACCUUAGAGGGCUCAUCACUGGAGGUGGGCUGCAGUGCUGAUAGUCUUACACUCAAUGGCGAGACCAUCAUCACUGACAAGGACAUGCUAGCAACAAAUGGGGUCAUUCAUAUGAUUGAUGAGCUUCUGAUUCCUGAUUCUGCAAAGACCAUCUUGGAAUUGACAGAAAAGCCUGGUGUCACCGAGAUAGGUGACCUCUUCAGACGAGCUGGUAUGAUCUCCUAUUUGGAAAGACAAGAACCUUUGACACUUCUUGCUCCUCUGGAUUCUGCAUUCAAGGAAAAAUCUCUGGUUGUUAAUGAAGAGAUGAAGGAACUUCUGCUGGACCACAUUGUGAAAGAGCAGCUCUCUUCUAAAUAUCUAUACCACGGGCAGAUACUUGAAACGUUGAGUGGCAAGAAACUGAGAGUGUUUGUUUAUCGUAACGCUUUAUGUGUUGAAAAUAUAUGUAUUGCUGCACAUGACAAAAGAGGAAGGUAUGGUGCCAUGAUGAUAAUGGACAAAAUACUGACUCUUCCAGAAGGCACGAUCAUGGACAUUCUGAAAGCUGAUGAUCGGUUCAGCAUGCUGGUGGGAGCCAUCCAGAGAGCAGGACUCACUGAAACUCUCAACAGGCCUGGCACAUUCACAGUCUUUGCCCCAACCAAUGAUGCUAUCCUGUCUCUAUCCAGCAGUGAACAGAACCGAAUGAUGGGUGAUCCCACUUUGUGGAAGUAUCAUAUUGGUGAACAAAUCCUGGUUAGUGGAGGUGUUGCCAGCAAGAUUAUGAUGUUGAAAUCCCUACAAGGUGCUAACUUGGAAAUAGGAGCAAAAAAUCUCAUCAUCAAUGUAAAUAAAGUUCCAGUUGAAGAUGCUGAUAUAAUGGCAACCAAUGGUGUCAUCCAUGCUAUUGGCAGGGUCUUACAACCUUCUGAUGCAAGACAAUCACUAGAAAAUCAAAAUGGCAUGGAGAUCAGCAGUGAAGAUAUCUUGCGUUUUGGAGUCCGGCCUGCCAGGGUUGCUAACCCUAGGAUUCAGAAAGUUUUAAGUGGUGCUCUUCUGAAGAAAGGCAAAUAAUAUGAACUGAAAAGCAGACCAUAAAUCAUCCAAACUUCAUCCAGAAAUGUUGAAUUCUGAGGCACAAUCUUUCUCUCCUGAAUGCCUAUAUGACAGUAGUACUUAAUUGCCUCAUGAUUACAUAUUGCUUGCUUGUUUGUACAUUUUUGUUACAUUGUUACUUUUUUUUUACAUCACUUGUGAUUGCAUUUUGCUUUAUUAAUGGCAUGGAGUCUUGUUUGAAACUACAGUCAAUUUAGCAAGGAAUUCAGUUAAAUACCAAAAAGUGUGAUAUCUCCAUGCUCUUGUAAGUUUAUGCAUUAGUGCAUAUGUGUAUAAUUGCUUUGUAUGUGCAUGCACAUUGUUCAUAUCUGCAUUUUGCAUCAAAGUGCAUGCCUUUAUAUAUGUAUGUUCCAAUUUGUGUUUAAGUGUUAGCAAAUACCUUAAUUUCACUAGAUAGGUGCCAUUCAGCAGAAUGUUUCUGCAAAUGACUUAGUUUCAAAAUAUUGUUUGAAAAUAAGCCAACGUUAAUCUGUCGAAAGAUUUUCUGCAGUAUAACAUCAUAUUGUUUCCUUUUAAUUUUUAGGUUUGUAUUUUCUCUGAUACAUGUGCUGAUUGUGUUUGUUUCAGAUCAGUAUUAAGAUCUAUGCAUGUCACAAGCUACAGUUCAGUUUAAUGCUGUUUCACCAAUGCUUUGGUAAGGGUAACUAUAUAUUUUUUCAAAUAUGUUGGAAAACAUUUUUAAAUAUGUAUUUAUCUUAAAAUUUAUUCUGUAAAAUGUUCUUAAAAUGCUUUUUUCCUUGAGGCAAUUUGCAGCUAUCAUAAAAGCAAUUUUUUUUUACAAUUUUGAAUCUUUGUUAUUUGGGAGUCUACAGUCUUAUGAUAUUGAUAUAUUUAUUGGGUUGCCUGAUUUCUUUAAAGUCAAUUAACGAUAAUUUUUCUGUUUUGGAUGUACGGAAAACUUUGUAGCAACAGUAUUCUUACUUGUGUCAUAAAGUCAUUGAAUUUAUCAUUUGAGAUCUAACGCAGUACCAAUACCAUUAGGCCGUAAGACAUAGGCCCAUUGAGUCUGCUCAGCCAUUCCAUCAUGGCUGACUUAUUAUCCCUCUCAACCCCAUUUUCCAGUCUUCUCUCCUAACCUUUGACAACCUUACUAUUCAAGAACCUAUCAAUAUCCACUUUAAAUAUACUCAAUGGUUUUGCCUCAACAGCUGCCUGUGGCAAUGAAUUCCACAGAUCCACAACCUCUGGCUAAAUAAAUACUGUACGCUUUAAGAAAGUCUGGGCUGCUACAAGUAUCACUAUUUUACAUCAAUGAUAUUUCAGUUAAACAAUAAAAUCACAUAUUCUGCAAUCCACAGCCACACAACAUGAAUCUAAACAGAAGAUAGCUGCUUAGGAUAUCAUCCAAUUUACAAACUAAAUCCAUUGUUGUGUAAUUUACCUACAUAUUUAGAAAGUAUUUUACACUCUGCAGCAAAGUUUUGAUUAAACCAAGUGUGACCCCAUAGGUUUCUCACUCUGCAUUCCUCAUUCUCUCACCAGAUGUAUCACAGACCUGUUUAAAUAUGAUGAGCAUGGUCAAAUAUUCUGUCACAAUCUCAGGAAUUGUAGCCACUUAAAGUAAGCAUGAUAUUAAGACCAUAAGACAUAAGAACAGAAAUAAGCCAUUCGGUUUAUCUGAUCUGCUCUGCUAUUCGAUCAUGGCUGAUAUAUUAUCCCUCUCAACCCUAUUCUCCUGUCUUCUCCCCAUAACCUUUGAUGCCCUGACUAAUCAAGAACCUAUCAACCUCUGCUUUAAGUAUACUCAAUGACUUGGACUGAGUGUGAGUUUUGCAUUCAGGCCCAUUUGUAAUCUGCUCCGUUCCAGACAAUUAUAGUACUUCAUGUCUUGUUACCACUCUUCACUUAUGGAAACAAAAAUGUAAACUUGUUUUUUACCAUGUUGGUGACAGACUGAAGGGGAGGAAUUCCCAGAUUGAUUAUGCAUUUGCCACCUGGUUAAAUCAGAAACUCAAUUAACUCCAACUAUUUUCACUCGAGACUGAAAGUUGUAUUGAGCAUCAAUAGGCCUUCUUCCCAUCACCAAACAACUAUCUGCAUUUGCAGCUGAUGGUAGUUCAUCUUUAAUGGGUUUUAUCAUGGUCCCUCCUAGACACUCACAUCAGCCAAAGCAACAUCCUGGUCUGAAAACUGAAGUAAUUUAUAAUAACAUCAUAAUGGUGAAGCAAUGAUUCCUUCCCAGUUAAUUUAUUUGUAGAAGAAUGCUGUGACCUUUCUUGGUCAUCCACAGAAUUCCAGUUAUUUGUUAUGGUGGAAUUUCAGGAUUAGAGUUUUACAACAAAGAAACAGGCUUUUUGGCUCACCAUGUCUAUGCUGAUCAUCAUGUCUAUCUAUACUAAACAUACUUGCCUGCAUUAAUUCCAUGUCCCUUUAUGCCUUGUUCAGUUGCAGCCCAAUCACCUCUUAAGUAUUGUUGAUGGUUCUGCCUCCACUACCUCCCCUUGCAGCUUAAUCUAGAUAUCAGCAACUCUGCAAAAAAAUUAUCCUUAGAUCUCCUUUAAACCUCAUCCCUCUCAGUUUAAACCUACCCCUGUAGCCAUAGACCCCUGAAACAUGGCUAUCUACGCUUUCUAUGCCUCUUGUAACUUUAGGUAUCUCAAACAUGUCACAUCUCAUCUCCUGACGGAGUACCUGGUAGGGCUCUGAGAACCUGUGCCAAACAACUGUUGGGUGUGUUCAAAGACCUUUUCAAUCUUUCAUUGCUGUUGUCGGAAGUUCCUACCUGCUUCAAAAGGCCAACGAUCACACCAAGAAGAGCAGAGUGAGCUACCUUAACGACUCUCAUCCAGUAGCACCCACAUCUACGGUGAUGAAUGCUUUGAGAGGUUGCUUAUGGUUAGAAUUCACUCCUGCCUCAGCAAGAAACUGGACCCACUAUAAACUGCCUAUCACUACAACAGGUCUACAGUGCAUGCAGCCUCACUGGCUCUUCACACGGCCUUGGAUCACCUGAACAAUACUAAUAUUUGUGUCAGGAUGCUGUUUAUUGACUACAGCUCAGCAUUUAACACAAUCAUUCCUACAGUUCUGAUCAAAAAGUUCCAAAACCUAAGCCUCUGUACCUCCCUCUGCAACUGGAUCCUCGACUUCCUCACCAGAAGACCGGUGACUGUGAGGAUUGGAAAUAAUAUCUCUACCCCACUAACAAUUGUGACAAAAGAUGGUUACAAAAGUACACAUAGACUAAGAUGUUAACUGUCCUGUGCUAGCACCAGUGGGAUCUGCAACAGAUCCCAACAGUUGAUCUGCCACCUGUCUUCAGGAGAUAGAGAUAAGUAAGACAAUGGAGCAGCAUUUGGAAAUGUUAAUGAAGAGACGAGAGAGUUUAACGGAAGGAGACACCGGUCUGAGUAUCGUCAAGACCGGCUCCUUUUGAAGUAUGAUGGGCAGGCGAUACCCCAGCAGGGGGAUAAAAAAAGGGCAGGUUCGCUAAGACACCACACACGACACCACAAGGUAAUGAGACCCUGGAAGCGGUGUGCCCCCACAAGUCGGUGGGAGUUUUUGGAGUAUUGUUCGUGGGACCAGCCAUAGACGCACAGGGUGGAAAGAUACAGUUGGCGGGAACCUGGUGUGUGUCCACCCUUGCCUGGGUGCCGGGUUCACUGCAGAGGAACGAUCGUAUCUGAAAUGGAGGGGUCACAGUCGGUGACCUCAGAAGACAUUACAAAGGGCUCGCCCGAAAGCUAACUGUGAGGAAUAUCGAAGGUCUGUUUGGAAUCUGAUUUGCAUAUUCAUUCAUUCUCUUUCUCUCUCCAAUGGCACGAUGGCGAUUACUGCGAACUGAACUAAACUGAACUCUGUCACUUGUGAUUGAACAUUUUACCCCUGGACUGCAAUAGAGCUGAUUGACCCUAUUAUCCUAGUUCUGUGUACAUGUGUGUUUAUUCAUUGCUAACCUGUUGCAUUUAUACCCUUACUAUUAGAGUACUGUGUUGCUUAUUUCUUUAAUAAAACUUUCUUAGUUCCAGUAAUCCAGACUCCAGCUGAG